CUUGUUUCCGCAGUACUGUAGUGUAAUUAAAUAUUUAGAGAAAUAUUCUCAUAUAAAAAUGUUUGAAAACCACCUGAUCAAAACAUUUCGUGGGAAAAAACGACCAGUAUGUGUCAUUCCAGUUUAUCUUGCUCUGCAUGAUUUAUUAGAAGAAUCAGGGCCGAGUCUAAUGUUCGCUGUGUAUCGGUUCUCAAAACUAGAAAAACUUCUUCAAGAAAUAAUAUUUUGUCUUGCGGUUGAGAUCGAUAUACUAUCGUGCGAUGAUGAUAUAAACUCUAUUAUUGUGGAAGUAAUUUUCACAGACAUUUUAUGCAUCCCAGAAAUUCAAUAUAACAAUAGCUACAAAUUUACUAAAGAUUGUUUGACUGUCAUAGAAGGUGUUGUUAUAGGAAUAACACAUGUUCAUUCGUUCACCAAAGCAGUUCUGUAUUCAUGUCCAGAACAUCUUUGUCCGGGAAAUAACAAUUACUUUAUCCAACAUACAACGGACAUUUACAAAAGGUUGACGAGAUUCCAAUGCAAAUUUUGUCAUACAGAUCUGAGAGAAGAAAUGGAGAAGAGGUUGUUCUCAAAAAGAGUGGAAUUUCUCUUAUUACCAAAACCGGAAACCGGAUCAGAAAUUAUUACAUUGAAUAGAAGCGUUAAAUGCACUGUUUGUGAUAAACUAAUUUCCAAACUUAAAUUCGGAAGAAGAUGCUUCAUUUCUGGUGUUCCUCAUCUAAAAAAAGCUGAUCGUUCAUACCAAUGGGAGUUCAAGGUUUAUGGGAUUGAAGAUUCAUUCAUUAGUUCUAUGGACCCUUGGAAAUGCGUUCUCACUACGGUUGUAGAAAAUUUACCUAACUAUGUCCGUGCAUAUGAAUUUGGCAUCGCAUUCACUUUCGCAUUCAUGUUCUUAGAUAAUGUUACGAAACCCGGCACUUUUUUCCUGUUAAAGUGGCUUCUACUCUUACUUCUAGUUCAAAAUGAAUUCACAGAACCUGAUGAAAAACUUUUAUUUUCGCAAGUCUCAUGUAGACCUCCAGCUCUACUUUUAGUGGGACCCCUAGGCGACAACUUAUCAAAUAACCUACUGAGAGCAGCAGGACAAUUUUCAAAACCAUUUUGUGAGCACAAGCCUGGGAGUAGUAUACCUCCGACAUCUUUGGAAGUGGACUCCAGUGGAUCUAAGAAACCAAAUGUAAAAUGCCUUUGGAAAACUACAAAGAAACAGAAUACCCUACAAACGAAGUCUAUAGAACUGGACAAAUUGUGUACGAAUGAAGAACAAACAGUUAUGUGUGGAACUAUAGAACUGGCUUCUGGAGGAAUAGCUUAUUUCCCAAAUUUGGAAUUUCAUAAGAAAAAGGAACUAACUAGUCUCGUUUACGCUUUAGAGAACAUGACCGUGGGUGACUCAUAUUCACGUUGUGGGGUUGAUUUGACAUCUGUUCAUAAGGUCAGCGAAGAGCUAUUUUACCCUAAUGAAACCACUAUUUGGGCUACUGUUGAAGUUAAUCUACUGCAAAGAAAAAAAGUCGAAGAUCCAAUUGUUAAACUUUCACAAAAUUAUUUAUCUGAUACAGAUAUUUUUAUUGAAACGAUGGUAAAAACAAACGAGAAGUGUACCAGUUUACUGCUCAAUGGAAAUUUAAAAAGAGUUAUACACUUCUAGAUACAUGCAAGAAGGCACCUACAGUGAAAAUGGAAGAAAAUGCUAGUAAAUUACUACAAGUUUACUACUUGGCAAUGAGGCGUUCAUCCGUUCGAGAUCGAAAGACAGCUCCAGCGUCUGCAUUGCCCACAUUAUUUAAAUUGGCCAAAAGUAAUGCUAAGAUUAACGGACGCAUUGUUGCAAACGAACUUGAUGCUACUGUCUCAAUUUAUAUCUACGACACUUUUAUUCCAAAUCAGACAGGUACAGACUACCUUGGGUCAAAAUCAUUUCACUAUAUCACUGGAAUGGAACAAGAGUCAUUGGAAGAACUGAAUAACAUAUUGGAAUCAAUAAACAAGCAGCUGAAGGACUUAAUCAAUGUUGCCAUGGAUGAAAUGUAACCAACAUUAUUGUCUGUUGCGGUACACGUUUUGCUAAAAAGUAA